GCUGCACCAGCCCAACAGUUUGCUGUGUAACUAAAAGUGAAAGACGAAGUCAACCUGAACAGAGGAGGAGAGCACCUGUCAUGGUAAUGAACAGGGCCCCGCCUUCCAGUUCUCAAACAUAUUAGUUAUAUAUCGAGGACGACCGAUGCGUCCUCGGAGAGCACAGCAGCAGGAUUUGACCGCUCCACAGUUGGUUGUUGGUGUGCAGAGUCUCAUACUUUGGUCCUCUACAACAGAAGAAACACAAGACAGUGUCGGCGGAGUUUCUCUUCAAACAUCUUCAACUGCAUCACCACAGAAGAUACAUCAGAACUUGGCGUCACGAAUUCAGGACGUGUUUGUGGCUGCGGCGCAGCUGGAUGCAGCCCUGCUUUCCUCCUCUCAUCCAGGGUGAGCCUACACCGUUACGCUGUUUGGGGGGGAUGAGGUCUGACUAGAGCUGUCCCUGGCUGUGUUGGUUUUCGGCCACACCGAAAUGAUUCUGUGUGGGUGAAUAUUUGUCAUGCUGUGUUGAUGUUUGCGGGUGAAGUUCCGUUUAAAUUUGUCUUAUUCUCCAUUGUUUUACUGCGUUGUGGGCAACGCAGUAGGGGGGUGUGAUGGUAGAAUAAGAGUUAAGAAUAAAAAGUAGAAGGGUAAUGUUGUGUAAAGGGUAAAGGCAAGGAGCCUAGCAAUGAGUAACGUUAAGUGAGUUAAAAAACUAUGCGGGGUUAAUGAAGAAGAGAGCUCAUAAACUUCUUAAACCAUAAGACAUGUGUAAAUUAACCGCUGCGUGAAAGUUGAAUAAGUGGAAUUUAAGGAAAAACCUGGUACCAGGUGUAUAACCAGGAAUAAGGAUUAAAGGAAGCCGCAGAUUUGGAUUAAAGCCCUCUGAGAGGCGGUUUAGUACGGGCCUAAAACCUGAAUAUUACAUCAGGUGAGUUCAGGUCGGUUAUAAGCAAAUAACUGGAAGUGUAGAGGAAAAUAUUUGUAGAUAGACGCCCUCUCUGGCGUGAGCUGACGAGCCACGACUGAUGCCGUUUUGUCAGAUAUUCUACACUUCAAAGGUAGCAAAAAUUUAGAUAUAAGGAAUAAAAAGGAAUAAGGAAGCGGCAAAAGCAUGCUUAAAUAGGACAGUAUGAAUGAGUCGACUUUAGAAUAGAUUGUUGAUUGUAAUUUUGGUUUUGGUUUUGUUAUAUUUAGUGUUUUCGAAAUUAAAGUUAAGUAUAUUGGCAGGCUGAAGAGGGAUUCUCUCCUCCCCCUCCUCUCUCUGUCUCUCUGUCGAGAGAGACGUCAGCACUGCAGGCUGAAAUUGUGUGUCUCUAUGGGUGUGUGUGCUUAGAACACGAAUACUUUGUUUUAGAAAGGUGGUCACUAUUCCAGUGUUGUGUUUAGAUUAUGCGUUAGGAUUAAGUUUAUGGUUUAUAAACUUUUUCGGGGACGUUUUAAAUUGUUAAAACUCUAUAAGCCUCAUUGGAGGAUAUUAAAAAUAAGAGUUAAAAUAUAAGCCCCGGAAAGGGAGAUAGGAAAAGAUUAGAGAAGAUUUUAUAAGUUUGAUUUAAGAUUGAUGAACUUUUUCGGAAGACAUUUAAUUUGAUAAAUAAAAGUUAUGAGCCUUUUUAAGGACAUUUCUAUAAGAUUUAAAUAAUUUGCUAUGAGCUUCCGAAAAAGACUUAUUUAAGUUAAAUAAGGAGAAGUGGAGAGAUUAGUAUAUAACUCUGUGUAAAAGAUAAAUAUGAUAGAGAGGAAUGAAGAGUGCUGAGUGAGUUAUGAUGGUGAAGGAUUUGAGAAGUGUGGAGUGCAUUGAGAGUUUUUUAUGGUGAUGAUGAAUGAUAUGGAAUAAAUGCUUGGUGUUUAAAAGUGCAAAAUAUUUGUUAUAAAUAACCUAAAGUGCUGGCAGAAGAAAAAAAAAAAAAAGAAAAAAGAGGGUUGCAAAAUAUUAUUGAACUAAAUUGUGAAGAGAAAGAUCUGAUUUUGUUUUUUCCUUUGUUCCUUGCAUUUGUGGGGGAGACACGGAGAGACGGGUGGAGCCUGAACAGUGUGUCACGCGGACCAAUUCGGCGACGUCAGACUCCUACCCAGACAAACCUCUGCACAGGGCCAGUACUGUUUUUGUUCACGAACUCUUUCUAUACCUGCUGUUUGAAAAUAUGUUUGUAUAAGCAUUUAGGAUCAUUGGAAGUUGACAUCUAUUGCUUACAUUUUCAAUUUGAAGUGGGGAACAGCACAUUCUGUCUAUAUGUGCUAUUUCAAAAGAAGCUUGGCAACAGACUGACUAGUUAAGACAUUUAAUUAAUUAAUGGAGUACAAUUGGUGAGUUUAAAAUUCUGUUGUGGAUUGGUUUAUUCUGAGCUGAACUAUGUUGUGGAUUCAAUUUGAGAUUGUUUUGAGAAUUUGAGGUGAAUAGUUGUGAGUUUGGAUGUUUGUUUUGUUGCAAAUAAUAGCAGCCAGUGAUAGUUGGUCCUUGGGGAUAGUGUUUGAUUUUAGGGAAUUCAUAUUUGGUUGGAUUUUCUGACAUUCUGGGACAUUGUAAUCGUAAUCUGAUUGACCUUUGGGGGUUAGAUUGACAUUGUGUGGUUUGGUAUUGUGAUUUCUUAUCAUAUUAAUAGAUCCUCUGGGGUCCUUUAAAGUUGGCAAAUUAAUUUCUUUGGUCGGUUGACUGUGGCAAAAAUAGUGAUUCACAAAUAAGUUGAACAAAUAAAUAAAAUAAAUUAAUAAUCUUAAGUGAUUUUGGUUUAAGUGAUUAACCUCACUUAUAUUGACUGAUUACUUGAUUGAUUGAUUGAUUAAUUAGUUGAAUGUAUAAAAAGCAAUAUAAAGUAGCUAAAAUGUCAAAAAAGGACGAUAAAACUUCAAAAGUAAUCACGCCUCUUGAUGUCGUUCAAAACAAUAAUCCAUUAAUAAAAGAGAUCCCACGGAUCUCAGCAAAAUGGUACCGCCGUUGGACAGAGAUAGAUCAACCCUGGCCAGUGAAAGGGACCUUUAAUCCUGAUGUAAUUAAAAAAUUGCAGGUGCUUGUAUCUACAUAUAAAGCGGAACAAAAAAGAGGGAAGAAGGGAGAGAAACGUAAAGAAAAGAGACAAACAGAACUUGCGAUACUCCAGUUGUUUGAAACUGAGGGACAGAAGUGGACAAAGGCUGCGAAGGAGAAAAAAGAAGAAAGCAUGGAAAGAAUGGGAAAAAUGGCCAAAGAAACAGAGAAACUAAUGGCUGAAGUUAAUUCAUCUUUCUCACAUACGAACCCAGUGAGGAAACCUCCACCUUAUGAGAAGAAUGUGGAAUUCCAGGAACUUUAUCCUCAGCUCCCAGUGAUUAGUCAAGAGGGUAAAUAUCAGAUUAUGGAUGAGGAGGAUCGGAUAAUUGAAUUUGGACAAGCUGAAACUACAAUAAAGAUGAAUCCAAGUUCAAAAAGUAAGAAGAAAACAAAACGACUGGAAACAAAAGGAGGAUUGAGGAUCAGGAAGAAGAGUUUUGGAGACGACGUUGAUCAGAGUGACUCGGAGGAAACCUUGGGCGGCUAUGACCCUGCAGUCAGGCGGAUACUGGCUAGAGCGGAAAAGAAAGGGGAUAAGACAUUGAGGAAAAAGGAUUUAGGAAACGAUAGCUCCAAUGAAAGUGAGGAUGGAGACUAUGAUGAAGACUGGGAGAGUGGAGGUGCUUCGGCUUCAAGAGGAUCCUAUCUGGGGACAUCCAGUACCAUGAGUGAAGACAGACAGAAAACUAUGAGAGAAAUCGAAAGAAGCAUAGAGGAAUGCCUUUCAUGCUUGGAUAGAAGUCCCAGCCCUGAUCGCCAAGGAACGUUGGAAGAACAAUUGGAGGAACUGUACAUACAGAAAAAAGAGUUACAGAAGAAGAGCUCCCCAAAACCAGCUAUGAGAUGUACAUUGCGCUCAAGAAAAAAGAAGGAGACUGGAAAAAUCUGUCCAGUCAUUAUCCGAGGACAGAAUUUGGAGUAUAAACCCUGGCAGAGCACAGAUAUGUCUGAUAUACUCGAGAAGUUACCUACUCUGCAGGAUGGAGCAUAUCCUUGGAUUUCAAAGCUGGAAGAAAUCACAGUAGGAACACACCUGGCCAUGGGAGACGUCAAGAGACUGUUGGCUAGCCUUCUUGGGGUCACAGGUAUGGAUGAAAUUCUACAGAAAGCAGGACUCGAUCGAUAUGUGGGGACUGCAGUGAAUGAUUCAGAACUGUUUGCUGCACAUAGAGGUCAAAUGUGGAACCAAGCGGAAGGACGCUCAGUCAGUUGCCAAGUUUUUGUGUAG